AUGGCUCCUGAAGUCGCGGCUGUUGAACGAAAAGGUGGAUAUGAUGAAAAAUGCGAUAUUUGGGCUGUAGGUAUAACCUCAAUCGAGUAUGCUGAAUUGCAGCCGCCUAUGUUUGACCUACAUCCUAUGAAGGCACUCCGUAUUCUCGGUAUGAGAACGUACAAGCCGCCUGUUUUACAGAACAAGUCUUAUUGGUGA